UGGUGAAUGGUCGGUCCGAAACCGACCUGAUUAAAAGGUUCAGUUUUGGAUGCAAGAAUGGCGGCUGUGGGUAGAGAAGUAGAGAAGAGGGAAGGGAGAAUGGAGGGAAACAGAGUAGUGGUGGUUUCAGCUCUGCAAUUCGCCUGCACCGACGACGUCCCCACUAACCUCAAUACCGCUGAAAGGUUGGUGAGAGCUGCUCACAGGGUGGGUGCAAAUAUUAUUCUUAUUCAGGAACUAUUUGAAGGAUAUUACUUCUGUCAAGCACAGAGGGAGGAUUUCUUUCAGCGAGCAAAGCCUUACAAGGGUCAUCCUACAAUUCUGAGGAUGCAAAAACUUGCAAAAGAGUUGGGAGUAGUGAUACCAGUUAGCUUCUUUGAAGAGGCAAACAAUGCUCAUUACAAUUCAAUUGCCAUAGUUGAUGCUGAUGGCACUGAUCUUGGAAUCUACAGAAAGUCCCAUAUCCCAGAUGGACCAGGCUACCAGGAAAAGUUUUACUUCAAUCCAGGCGACACUGGCUUUAAGGUUUUUGAAACUAAGUUUGCAAAAAUUGGAGUUGCAAUAUGCUGGGAUCAGUGGUUUCCAGAGGCAGCUCGAGCUAUGGUUCUUCAAGGUGCAGAGAUUCUUUUGUACCCUACUGCUAUUGGGUCUGAACCUCAAGAUACUGGACUUGAUUCUCGUGAUCACUGGAAGCGAGUGAUGCAAGGACAUGCUGGGGCUAAUUUGGUACCUCUAGUAGCUUCAAACCGCAUUGGGAAGGAGAUAAUCCAGACAGAGCAUGGAAAUAGCGAAAUCACAUUCUAUGGAAACUCUUUUAUAGCAGGACCCACUGGAGAAAUUGUCAUAGCUGCUGGUGAUAAAGAGGAAGCUGUUAUUGUAGCACAAUUUGAUCUGGAUAAAAUCAAAUCCAAGAGAUAUAGUUGGGGAAUAUUUAGGGAUCGGCGCCCAGACCUAUAUAAGGUGCUUCUGACAUUAGAUGGCAGCAAACCCUGACUAUGUUUAGUAUCCCUUUUCCAAUAAUACCUUGUUGUAGAGGUAACAAAGAAAAUUGUUUAACCAUUAUACCUCACUGUAGAGGUAACAAAGAAAAUUAUUUAACCAUCAUAUUGUUUUUCAAGAAAAAAAGAGUUAAAAACAUGAUUGAACAUUGAUGCUUUUCAUAAAUAUUUCAGAAUAAAAAUGAUUAUGUAAAAAUA